AUGAAAUCGGGUUUUUACUCACAAUCUCUGUGCACACUUUUGUCUCUGGUUGUUCCUCUACGGGGUGGCUCAGGGGAGGUCGAAGACUGGAAUAGCGACCCAGCCGACAACGCAGCUUCCACAAACCCACCAUCGAAAUCGCCCCCGCCGAAGACAGCAACUCCAGAAGAAUCCACCGAGGAAAGUACGCAAAUUUCGGUGAAGAAUGAAACGGAAGAAAAAACACCUAGAAUACGGUUAAAAGCUAACUUAGCGACCGAUCCCGCCUUACAAAGCCAGCCCAUCACUUUGACUAACCCCAAAGUGGAAUCUGAAGUUUCCCAGUUUUCCAGUGGAUAUUUAACGGCACUCAGACCAGCUUUACAAACUGCUUUGGUGUCAAGAGGAUUUUUCCUGCCGAAUAUAAUUCCUGGUGCAGAACCGCAAUCGGAAUCUGUGGAAACGAGGCAGCAAACAGUUCCAAUAUUUCAAUGUUCUCCUUGCGGGAUCAGAUUUUCAUCUAUAAGCACUUUAGAAGCACAUCAAACGUACUAUUGCUCGCAUCGUGUAAAUAAAGCAGCAACUGACGAUGACUCGAAAUCAGUUACCGAUCCAAAUGGAAACCAAUCCGAUGCUGACGUAUCAGAACCCCCUCAGAAAAAUAUCCGCACCGGUAAACAAUAUACAUGCACCCAUUGUUCGUACAGCGCUGAUAAGAAGGUCAGCUUGAACCGCCACAUGAGAAUGCACACAGUAUCUCCUAGUCCUAGUCCCCUGAACAUAGUAACUACGCCAAAUGGAGAGAGUGGCAGUAAUAGUACUGAUCGCUAUUGUGCAGAAUGCGAUAUUAGGUUUAGUUCCCAGAAGACAUAUCGUGCCCAUAAGUUACACUACUGUAAUUCGAGGCAUACGAUAAAACCACAAGUGGUGACAACAAAAGCUUCGUCAAGUACGUCUGGAUCGUCACCCACUUCACCCAUCGAUUCUAGACCCUGCAGAUCUCCCUCUUCACCUUCGUCGCAAAACGCUUCGCAGCAGCCUUUCUUGGCUUUACCAACCAAUCCUAUAAUAAUUGUGCCAUAUUCACUGUUUCGAAGUGCGAGCGUCUUUCCAGCCCUUUCUGUUGCUUCGGGGCUUCCAAACCCCGAUACUCCCUGCUUCUUGCUUCCUAAUGGUACUCUUCAACCAAUGACGAGUGCUUUGCUUAAUCAAUAUCAGCAGCAGCAAUCUGAAGGUAAUAGAAACGAUAGUAAAGCCAAAGAACCACCUGUUGUUCGGGAAACUUCCUCGGCGCCAUUAGACUUAAGUGUAAGAAAAUCUCCUGACAAUAAUGAUCUGAUCAUCGACUUUUCUGAAGAUCGAGGAAGGAACACACCCAAUAAAUCUUUGACUCCUGACAAGAGCAAAUCUGUUCCUUCUUCACAAAACUCACCGCCAACCACACCAGUCUCCCAUUGUGAAUCGUCACCUUCGCCGAAAAUCAAAGAUGAAGCUUCAAGAAGCAGCAGCCCCAAGAGACUUAGAUCUGUGCUAAAACCGACGCAAGAAAAGUCGAGAACAAGUCCAGAAGUAAACAAUUUUCAACACUUCGAAGGAAAUCCCUCAUUACAUCCAUUACUAAUGAGAGGAUCUCUACCCCUCCUACCACCCGAAGUUCAAAUGAGACUAGAACCUUCUCUGCCCGCAGUAAUGCCCCAAGUGCUUGUGAAGCAAGGCGUUUCUAAAUGUAAAGACUGUAAUAUAGUGUUCUGCAAGCUCGAAAACUACGUUAUUCACAAAAAGCACUACUGCUCGGCCCGCAGUCAGGACGAAAACCUCUCCAAAUUCUCCGGUAGCCCUCCGGUGAGUCCUAAUAGUAUCGAAACCACCAGCCCAGCUGCGCAAUACCAACAACUCAUCUGUUUGGCAUGUGGUAUCAAGUUCACUUCUUUGGACAACCUCAACGCCCAUCAAGCCUACUAUUGUCUAAAGCGCGGCGACACCGAGGUGAGAAAAUGCGGCAAGUGCAAGGGCAUCGCUGAACCGGGCCACCAGUGCAUCCCCCACGCGGCCACCCUUACAGGAUGGAAAUGUCCUUGUUGUGACGUCGUCAGUCCCACGGCUAGUGCGGCCCAGAGGCACAUGGAAUCUCAUACUGGAGUAAAAGCGUACAGGUGUACUAUCUGUCGAUACAAAGGAAACACCUUAAGAGGAAUGAGGACGCACAUUCGAAUGCACUUCGAUAAGAGAUCUUCCGAUUUACAGGAGGAAAAGUACAUCUCCUAUAUACUGGAAGAUGAGAGCUCCAAUACAGUCGAAGUCAACGUAACUACAGCGGAACCGUCUGACGAAAAGGUCGCCUCCCCAGGAACCGAACCAUCCCUUCCGGAUUCACUGCACUACUGCCUGCAGUGUUCCUACAACUCGACAUACAAAGCCAACGUAGUUCGCCAUAUGAAACUGGUUCACGACAUUAACAUAACCGAAGAAGCAGCAGUCAACGGCUUGUCCGACAAAAACAAGUCCAUGCCUGCGCUGGAGGAAGACGAGGAAGAAAUCUUAGUGAAAAAGGAAGCCAUGGAACCAGAGGUGAUCAUCGCGCAAGGUGAAGAGCCCAUCAUUAAAGAGGAGGUGGGAAUAAAGUUGCCUAAGAGCAAAACACCGGACGAGGAAAUUCUCCAAGAAGCCGCCAAAUCCGGGGCCAGGUACUGCAAAUCUUGUGACAUUUACUUCAACUACUACUCGACUUUCGUGGCUCACAAAAAGUUUUACUGUUCGAGUCAUGCCGGCGAGAUAUCUAACGCUGCCUCGAAUAACAAUAUUACUAAUAAUAAUAAUAAUUCCGCCACGCGCGCUGCCGAGGCGUCUGUGCUUUAAAGUAGAUUUUGUAGAAAGAUUAGGUUGAUAAAAAAUGUGGAAAGGCAGAUUAAAAAUAGCAUAAAAAUACACGAAUUUUGCAUGAAUCAUUGGGUUGACUUAUUUUUUUUUAUUUAAAAUUUUUUUACUCGUCCAUAACAGGUAGUUAGCCGCAUUGUAAUCCAUUGUUAAAUAAUAUUGUUAUCUAAUUCUAGUACGUCAACAUUUGGCAAAGUCUAUUAAUACCUCUAAGGUAAAUUGCUGAUAAUACGAUGAUUCUAAAAUGGCUACUAUAUCUGGUGUCAAAUUAUAAACUAUACAGAGCCAAUCAUCCCAUGGACAUUCAUUUAAAACAGUGUUUCCCAAAGUGGAGGUCGCGACCCCCUGGGGGGUCGCCAUGAGGUACUAGGGGGGUCGCCGAACAUUUCCAAAAUAAUACAAAAGCACCACUUUGUUAGAUCUUAUAUUUUUAUUUUAACAACGCCGUAAAUAGAAAUUAACAAUUAAUUAUCAGACGAAAUAUAAAACUAAAUAUUAAAGUCCGUAAAAAUAAAAGAGUAAAACAUAGUCAAAUAUUAUAAUCUUAAUGAGAGCUAUGCGCCUGUUUCUGUGAAACUAAUCUUUCAAAUCUAGGCUGUGUAUUUGAGACACACACAAAUAUAAAAUCAUUUUCAAGUACGAGACGAUUUCUAACUCUUGUUUUAAUGGCAGUGAUAGACGAGAAACUUAACUCACACAAAUAUGAUGUUACAAAUGGAACCAAACAUUUUACAGCUUCACUCGCCAAUUGGGG